UAACUUCCAUUCUCUCUAUAAAUAAGCACGUUCGAGACCAGAUUCGUCGUGCCCUUGAGUUCCGCUUCUAUAGAGGUCUGGUCUGCUCAACAUCCUCUCUCUUUCUCUCGACAAAAGACUCAGAUCCACCCGUGAAUCUUUGUUCCAGCUUGUUAGAAUGGAGACAUUUCUAUUCACAUCUGAGUCUGUCAACGAGGGUCACCCUGACAAGCUUUGUGACCAGAUCUCUGAUGCUGUGCUCGAUGCCUGCCUUGCCCAGGACCCUGACAGCAAGGUUGCCUGUGAAACAUGCUCCAAGACUAACAUGGUCAUGGUCUUUGGAGAAAUUACCACCAAAGCUAAUGUAGACUAUGAGAAGAUUGUGCGUGAAACGUGCCGCAACAUUGGAUUUGUUUCUGAUGAUGUGGGUCUUGAUGCUGACAACUGCAAGGUCCUGGUCAAUAUUGAGCAGCAGAGCCCUGAUAUUGCCCAGGGUGUCCAUGGCCACUUUACCAAGCGCCCAGAAGAUAUUGGAGCUGGUGACCAGGGCCAUAUGUUUGGUUAUGCCACUGAUGAAACCCCAGAAUUCAUGCCUCUCAGCCAUGUCCUUGCAACUAAGCUUGGGGCACGUCUUACUGAGGUUAGGAAGAAUGGUACCUGCCCCUGGCUAAGGCCUGAUGGUAAAACACAGGUUACUGUUGAGUACUACAACGAUAAUGGUGCCAUGGUUCCGGUUCGUGUUCACACUGUCCUCAUCUCCACCCAGCAUGAUGAGACUGUUACAAAUGAUGAAAUUGCUGCUGACCUCAAAGAGCAUGUUAUCAAGCCUGUUAUUCCUGAGAAGUAUCUUGAUGGGAAGACGAUCUUCCACCUCAACCCAUCUGGCCGCUUUGUCAUUGGUGGUCCUCACGGUGAUGCAGGUCUUACCGGUCGUAAGAUCAUCAUUGACACUUACGGUGGCUGGGGAGCCCAUGGUGGCGGUGCUUUCUCUGGAAAGGACCCAACCAAGGUGGACAGAAGUGGAGCUUACAUCGUUAGGCAAGCUGCCAAGAGCAUUGUAGCUAAUGGGCUUGCACGCAGGUGCCUCGUGCAGGUCUCCUAUGCUAUUGGUGUGCCGGAGCCCUUGUCUGUCUUCGUAGACAGCUACGGAACUGGAAAGAUUCCUGACAAGGAAAUCCUCCAAAUUGUGAAGGAGAACUUUGAUUUCAGGCCUGGAAUGAUCACCAUCAACCUGGACCUCAAGAGGGGUGGCAAUGGCCGGUUCUUGAAGACAGCUGCCUAUGGACAUUUUGGAAGGGACGACCCCGACUUCACCUGGGAAGUUGUGAAGCCCCUCAAAUGGGAAAAGCCUCAAUCUUGAAGUCCCCCGUCCGUACUGCUCCGUGCCUUUCUCAUUCACGGUGCUGAAUAAUCCCGAUGUUUCGUAGCUCCUACCGGAAAUAUCUAAUCUCAUACUUAUAAUGCCCUUUUUCUUUUUCAUUUUCUAUUUCUUCUUUUAUCAAUGGCUGUUAUGAUUUAUGUGUCUUUUUAUCAGCGACGGUGUUGCAAAAAUGAAUGAGAAUUUUGCUUAUAUUGAUGGCACUGGAAUUAACAA